CCAACGAAAACAAAUACCAUCGGACUGGCGUGGUUACCGUAAUGUGACAUAUUACUUAGAAGAUCGUAGAAGAGAUAGAUUAAUGUUUUAGAGUUAAAUAUAUAGAAAAAUUAUCGUGUAGAUUGAUUAAAGAUUAGAAAUGGCCAUCGGUAGUGCAAAAAUGCGCGAUGGAGAAUAUACUAAAGUUAUUUACACAAUGUCUCGUGCGUGUUUGUCUCUUCUGGCUUACUGUUAUACGUUCGUUCAAGAUUUUGUUAACUCUGCAAAUUGUUACGAACAGUUAUGUGCAUUAUGUCCGGAGAUCGACGACUAUAAAUUAUAUUAUGCCCAGGCUCUGUAUCAGGCUUGCUUAUAUCAAGAAGCAAUGAAAGUUACUUGUCAAAUAGAUAAUCCUGCUUAUCAAACAAAAAUAGUCAAGUUACAAGGUGCUAUUAAAUAUGGAGAAGAAGAUUUAAGUGCUGCGAAAAGUUUAGUUGACCAAUGCCCUACAGAUGAUCCAGAUACUGAAGUUAAUUUAGGCUGUCUCUUAUACAAGGAAGGAAAAUAUGAAGAAGCUUGUGCAAAAUUUAACACUGCAAUUCAAGUUGAAGGUUACCGUCCAGAUCUUUCGUAUAGCAUUGCAUUAUGUUAUUAUCACAUGAAACAUUACGCUCCCGCUUUAAAACAUAUUGCUGAUAUAAUUGAAAGAGGAAUUAGAGAACAUCCAGAACUUAGUGUUGGAAUGACUACAGAAGGUAUCGAAGUGCGCAGUGUCGGAAAUACAGUUACCCUUCAUGAUACUGCCUUAAUUGAAGCAUUUAAUUUAAAGGCUGCUAUUGAAUAUCAAUUAAAAAAUUAUGAUGCUGCUCGAGAAGCAUUGACAGACAUGCCACCGAGGUCAGAAGAGGAAUUAGAUGCGGUUACACUGCAUAAUCAAGCUUUGAUGAAUAUGGAAACUCAACCAACCGAAGGAUUUGAAAAGUUACAAUUUUUAAUUCAACAAAAUCCAUUUCCACCUGAAACAUUUGGAAAUUUAUUGUUAUUGUAUUGCAAAUAUGAAUAUUAUGAUUUGGCUGCAGAUGUUCUGGCUGAGAAUGCUCAUUUGACUUAUAAAUAUUUGUCUCCAUAUCUGUUUGACUUUUUAGAUGCUUUAAUUACUCAACAAACAUCACCAGAAGAAGCUUAUCGUAAAUUUGAUGAAAUGGCUGCUCACCAUACUGAAAUGUUAAGAAAAUUGACAAAGCAAGUCCAGGAAGCAAGACAAAAUCAUAAUGAUGAUGGUGUGAAAAAAGCUGUAAACGAUUAUGAUGAAGCUCUUGAAAGAUACAUUCCAGUUCUUAUGGCCCAAGCGAAAAUUUAUUGGGAAAUGGAAAAUUAUCAGCAGGUAGAGAAAGUGUUUCGUAAAUCGGUUGAAUUUUGCAAUGAGCAUGAUAUUUGGAAACUUAAUGUUGCCCAUGUUCUCUUUAUGCAAGAAAAUAAAUUCAAAGAAGCUACCGGAUUUUACGAGCCAAUUGUUAAAAAACAUUAUGAUAAUAUAUUAAAUGUAAGUGCAAUUGUUCUUGCAAACCUUUGUGUGUCGUACAUUAUGACAAGUCAGAAUGAAGAGGCAGAAGAAUUAAUGAGAAAAAUUGAAAAAGAAGAAGAACAAUUAGCUUAUGAAGAUCCUGAUAAAAAAAUAUUUCAUUUGAGUAUUGUAAAUUUAGUUAUUGGAACUCUCUACUGUGCUAAGGGAAAUUACGAUUUUGGAAUAUCUCGAGUGAUCAAGAGUUUGGAGCCGUACAAUAAAAAACUUGGAACGGAGACCUGGUUUUAUGCCAAGAGAUGUUUCCUGUCUCUCUUGGAAAAUCUCUCCAAACAAGUAAUUAUGGUUCGUGAUAUUGUUUUGAACGAUUGCUUGCAGUUCUUGACACAUUGCGAAACCUACGGAAGGAAUGUGAGAGCUGCCGCGGAGCAACCACUAGAUGAGGCUCACGUUCAUCCCGGAAAAAACACAGUCACUUACGAGGCCCGCGUCUUAAAAGCUCUGAUGCUUGAACUAAUGCUCUGAUCUCUCGUAAAUCGUUGCGAGACUGUCCCUCAAACGGAUUCUGCACCUUUGUAGUCAUGCGAAAUAUUCAAUCCGUCCACCUUGCAACCGUCAUAGCUCGUUUUUAUAUUUGAUUUGCAUACAGUUGCAAGAAAGUUUGUUAUUUAUUCAUCUAGUCAUUAAAAAAUUUUAUUUAUUUUACCAAAAUAGUUUUUAAAUAAAUAG